AUGGCUGUCGGUACACCGCGCAACGGUACCGCGGCCUCACCCGCCGCUCGGAGAUGCGCCGACCGCCGAGGCUGUGCGCCGUGUCUUACCGCUCCACGCGCCGCGGAGCGCGAGCUUCACGCUCCAGAUAGACUCACCUCUGCUAAUCAAGAUUUCACGUCAUGUGGAUUAUGGAGAGAGAGAGAGAUAGAGAGCAAAUGUAUGCAACACUCGCGUCGUCUCCGCGCGAGUGCGUCCGCCCGGCGCGGCGCUCGGUGGCUCGACGCUACCACUGAA